UUAAACGAGCGAACAAGCAGGCGGCGAGGCAACAAGCGGAGCCUCCCUUCCCCGUUCUGGCAGCGGCGUCGCGCGCGCGAGGCACCAUCUCGGCGGGUAGGGACUAGGGAGCGCGCUCGAUCAUGAGGUGCCGGCUGCUGCUGUGCUUGGUCCUCCUCGCGCACGCGGGGCCGCCGGCGGCCGUGGCGCGGGAGUACGCGGCCGUCUUCAACUUCGGCGACUCCCUGACGGACGCCGGCAAUCUCUGCGUGGACGGCAUCCCCGACUACCUCGCCACGGCGCGGCUGCCCUACGGCAUGACCUACUUCGGCUACCCCACCGGCCGCGUCUCCGACGGCCGCGUCGUCGUCGACUUCAUCGCGCAGGAACUCGGGCUGCCGUUGCUGCCGCCGUCCAAGGCGAAGAACGCGACGUUCCACCGCGGCGCCAACUUCGCCAUCACGGGCGCCACGUCGCUGGACUUGUCCUUCUUCCAGGAGCGCGGCCUCGGGCACGCCGUGUGGAGCUCGGGAUCCUUGCACACUCAGAUCAAGUGGUUCCAGGACAUGAAGCCCAAAAUCUGCAGCUCCCCGCAAGAGUGCCGUGACCUUUUCCGGCGGUCGCUGUUCAUCGUGGGCGAGUUCGGCGGCAACGACUACGGCUCGACGCUGUUCGCGUUCCGGCCGCUAUCGGAGGUGCACGCCCUGGUCCCGCACAUCGUCGACUCCAUCGGCCGGGGUGUCGAGAAGCUGAUCGCGGAGGGCGCCGUGGACCUGGUGGUGCCGGGGACGAUGCCCACCGGCUGCUUCCCGAUGUACCUGUCCAUGUUCCCGAAGCCGCCGGGGAUGUACGGCGGCCGGACCGGCUGCAUCAAGGAGCUCAACACGCUGUCGUGGGUGCACAACGCGGCGCUGCAGCGCAGGAUCGAGCAGCUCCGGGCCAAGCACCCCGGCGUGCGCAUCGUCUACGCCGACUACUACACGCCGGCCAUCCAGUUCGUCCUCCACGCCGAGAAAUACGGGUUCCUGAGGCAGACGCCGCGGGCGUGCUGCGGGGCGCCGGGCGUCGGCGAGUACAACUUCAACCUCACCUCCAAGUGCGGCGACCCGGGGGCGUACGCCUGCGACGACCCCUCCAACCACUGGAGCUGGGACGGCGUCCACCUCACCGAGGCCUCCUACGGUCACAUCGCCAAGGGAUGGCUCUACGGGCCAUUCGCCGACCCGCCCAUCCUCGACACCAAGCACCUCGGCUAACCUCCAUCCAUCCAUCAUCCGGUCAUUACAGAUUUGGUGCACAGUGCACACGAGCAAAACACUCGCAAGUAUUGAUUGUUGUAGGUGUUAUGUGCAUGUAUAUCCCAUAUUGCAGAUGUUGUUAUCUGGUGUUACUGAGUUUUCUAAUGUUGUAUAUUUUCUCUUCGAUAUUAUAGAUGAAUGGAACACAAAACAUAAGGUUACAGCUCCCAUAUUAAUUAAGCUAUGUAGUGUAAAGGCAUGUACUCUUAUGUGAAGCUUUCAAGAAGGCGCCCUACUGGACAUUGGAUAGAAAAUUGUGCACUUGGAACGUGCCAUUAUGAAACUGGAUUUCGCA